AAAAAAUCACGACGCGCCCUAAUUUAACCCUUUAAGACUAAUACCACCUCUCCUCCUAUACUACACACCUACCCAUCAUACCUUCCUAUCCCAUAUGCUCUAUCAUAGGUAAUAUCAUACCUUCCUUAUAUUAUCACCAUCGAAUUACGAGGGAAAGCACGACCAAUGCCUCGUACCUCCUCCCGAUUAGCCGCCACGCUCCCCCGGGGGCAGGCGGGAAUCCAGAAUUUUGCAAGAGCGACCAAGCCAGGAACCACGACUGCUCCUUCCACCAAACUCGACAAGCCCGCUGCUGCUCCUUGCCUUUCCUACUCGCCGUCGAAGAAACGCAAGCUAGUCGAGAUUGAGAAUGUGGCUAGUGGAGGCGCUGCCGCCCCAGGGGUGGAUGUCAAGGCCGAUGAACAGAAGAUCGAAAACGAAGCCGCUACACCCUCGAAGACACUUCGGUUCAAUGAAUUGUCUGUUUCGUCGCCACAGCCGCGCAGUGGGCACCGUGUUACUCGGUCGCCGUCUGUUCGGUCUCAAUUGCGUUCUACGCGUGGGUCGGCGUCGGAGGAGAUUCCUCAGACGCCGUCGAAGAGGAGUCGGUCGGUGAAGUACAAUGCACGAUCGGUGCCGCUGUCAUUGUCGAAGUCGAACUCGCAGACGGUAACGAAGGUUGUUUCGCGCCCGCCAUUUUUCGAUGAAUUGUUGAAGUUGCAUUCAGCUUUUUUGAAGGCUCUUACGCUUCAUUCUGCGCAUAAUGGUCUUAUCGUUCCGGUGGAUUUGAGGGAAUUUCUGCAGGCCAUUGGACAAGUGUGGAAGAAGAGAAAGGUCGUGGUUAAGGACUUGCAGCGCUUGGUGUGGAUUUGGGAACAGUCGCAGACAGUGAAGUCACCUUUCCGGCUGGCGAACUACGGCCUGGGACGUGUGUGCCUGGAACGAGAAUGGACGGGACGAAUGGACGAGGCCGAAUGGCAAGAGCAGUUCGAACAGACCCUCGAUCUCCUCUGGGAGAAGACACUCGAUUCGAUCCCGAACUUGGGCGACGACGAGGAGGGAAAAGUUGCUGAUCAUUUUGUCGACACGCUGGGCCUUUCCCCCGUCCACGAAUGCCUCACGCCUCUGACCUCGUUCCGGAAGGGUCAGCAACGCCUGCAGGAUCUGAAGGGUGGUGUGAUUCGAAUGAAGACCGAGAAGCUUCGGGCGGACUCUGCGAAGGAUGACGAUAGCCCUGCGCCCAAGACCCUCCUCGAUGCUACGCCGAACCGCCGCAAGAGUCUUUUGGAUCGGAUCAAGAACAAGGAGCUUCGCCAGUCGACACUCCCGCCUCCGCCGUCGAAGGAUAUGCUGAUCCAUCGUACUGCCGUCGAGCGUGUCGAGGAUGUGGCCAACGUGCUCGCCUCGCUGCGGCCGGUUGGAUAUGUCGGUUCCGGGAUUAAGGCGAUGUUGGCUGCUCAGAGGAAACCGUUCCAGAUCCCAAAAAUCGUGCAGCAUGUUCAGGACUCUGUCCGGAACCCCAUCUCCCCCAGGGAGGUGGAGAUCUGUAUCGAGGUUAUGGCCCGCGCCGACAUCGCUGGGAACUGGGUGAACUUUGUCACCGUGAAAGCGGCCAAGAUGGUCGUGUUGAAGUCUUGUGCCGAUGUUUCCCCCAAGGAACUCGCGGCCAAGGCCUGUUCGAUUAAAAUUGGAUAUGAUGACGAAUCUGUUGCCAACUAAUGUCUCUCAUUUAUCUUUCUCUUGUUUCUUUUGUAUAUAGCAUCUACCUUCGGGGUUUUGGGUUAUUUUCCUUUGUUGUUGGAUAUUUCAUCCGUGGAGCCUGGAUGCUCACGGCAGUGUCAUGGAGCGUUGUGCAUUUAUUAGCGUUGCAUGUAUUAUAGCAUUCUACAAUUAUGAUAAUAGGAUAAUCAAUGAAUGAAUCGCUGUCU